AUGAAUUCGAUAGUCGUUCCCGACAAUUUACCAGAAAUAUUAAAAAAAUAUGUGAAAGCCGCGAUCCGAUCUCAGCCUGAAGACAUUGUUAGUUGGUCAGCAGAGUAUUUCAAAAGCACAGAUGAUCAAUACGUUUCAUUGGCUACUACUCAAAAACAAGAUCGAACUCUAUUCAGAAUAUUAGCUUUUCAAUUAGGUACCACAAUAGGCACUAAAGAAAGAAUAGAAGAAGUGUGGUCGGACUUAUCACUCGAUUUCAAUCUAUUAGAACAAAUUUAUACGAUUGGAAAUUUUCGUGCAGAACACGUGGACAUGGUAGAAUUUUUGGGUAUAACUUUUGGACAUUGGACAAAAUCACUAAAAGAAACUGUGUUAUUGUGCUGCGAAGCGUUCUGUAAAUGUUUGGCCACUGACGGUUAUUUCAUGCACGUGGAUGUCGCCUGCAAGCUCUACGGGUACCUAGCGAAAUUGGAUUGUUCACUUCCGGCUGAUGAUGAUUGCCCAGACGGCGACGUGAGUGUCAGCAAACCGACGAUAGUCCAAACCAGCAGGUCUCUGGACGCGUCUCCGGCGCCUCCAGCCAGCGGAGCCCAGCUGCAGCAAACCAACGUUUGCGUAUCGUUGGAAUCGAUUUUGGCCCGUCGUCUGGCAGCAGCUGCCGUGGACGGUGGACCGAAGACCGGGUACCACGUACCAGGUAUCGGAAUGGCCGCGUCCGACGGUCAGGUGCAAGCGGUGUUCGAGUAUUUCCGAAAAUGCGCUGCCGACAACGGCGGUUACGUGUACGAUUUCGACAUCGAGAACGAUCGUUGCCCCCAGUUGGACGCUAUUAAUAAUAAUUAA